AUGAGAUCGGUAGAAAACGACAUUGACAAGUUUACGGAAAGACACAAACGUAAACGUGCUGAGAUUAGUCAGUCUCGUCGUCGCGAGCAGUGCCGGGCUAAUCAAGCUCGAUACAGAGACAAGCAGAGGAAUGCACAGAUGACGCUGGAAAAGAGUGUUGAGCAAUUGCACCAAGAGUUGGACGUUUUGAAAUGUAAAUAUCGAGACCUGUCGUCUCACGGGAGGAGUAACCAGAGUCCAUGGUCAAUCGCCGCAGAGUUUUUCCAACUAGUCGAGACCAGCUUCCGCUCGCCAUGGAUCAUGUCCAGCACUCACGAGAUGGAAAAAUACACGGAGACUCGGCAGCUUGUGACUAUUCUGGAGCGAGCUUUUGCAAAAGACGUGGCUCUGGGCGAGCUACGAAGAGCUGACGCUUUGAUGGAGCAGUUACGGUUGUAUUCGCAUUACUUUGGAGAACCUGACCUGCAGCUCCAACGAAUCGAGUCGAUGGCUCCUCACGUUACUGCUGCUCACGGGAUACUCAGCGUGACGGUGACGGAGAUCACAUUGCAGCACGUGUUUUCUCAUGUAAAGAAGCCAGCAAGUGGAGACCAAACAGAAGUUAGUCCCAGACAGUUGUACCAGCGCCUGUUGGGUCAGCGUCUCGAGUGCAGCUGUUUGGUGAUAUUUCUAUUCAACAAAGCAAGCGAUCACGUAGUGCGUUUGGUGGCUACCAUCGACUUGAUUCCGGCUUUGCUUCGUGUAUUAGGGAAUCUACGGGAUGUGUCAAAAGUUUUUGAGCAUGCUCAGGUUUCAUUGGAGAGCGUGAUUGGCAGGUUUGAUCCUGUUCGCGAUAGUCACAGCAAUGGCAAGUUUACGUCGUGA